UGCCUUGUCCUACAACUACCUUCCAACAGAUUUUGGGAAUGUUCAAGUUUUUUAUAGCCUUGAUAAGUUAAUUACAAGGAAUUUCGUAUAGCAAUGGCUUCUAAGUUUGGAAGCAGACCAGUAGGAUCAGACGGCAGUGACCACUGGCACAGAGAAAGCAUUGCGUGGCAAUAUAAAGUCAGUUCAGAGAACAAGUACAGACUAAGAUGGGACAUUUUUCUUCAUUUUUUGAUGAUCUUCAUGAUGUUUAUUCGUCUGCUGCCUGGCUUAACUGCACUCUUAGGGUUUUCCAUUCAGAGUCUGAGACGCUGGGAUCUGCCUGCUCCGCGUCCAUGGGAAUAUGCCUGGUUCGUCACCUUGGUAGUGGCUUUGAUGGGCUGGAAAUCAACACCUCAGAAUAACUCAUUCUUGCUGAAACAAUUCAUGCUCGGAACAGUUGUAUUUGGAAUUCUUCCUGUUCUGUAUGGAUUCUAUGACUUAAGUGACCAUUUAAAGGCUUACGUUUAUGAAAAGAAAUUCACUUAUGUUUUGUUUGGUUAUCCUGCAGUUGUUGUAUGGUCACUUUUUCUUGCAGCUGCAGUUCAGCUUCAUGUUUUUGCAUUAUAUUUUGCAAUUGUUUUGCUCAGAGCUUGGAAGCCCCGUGGUGUGAAGAAAAUGAAUUAACCUUAAUAUUUAAAUGAAUCCUUUUUUUUUAUAUAAGGCAUUUGUUUGUUAUUAAUGCACAAAACAAAAUUGCAUGGAUUUGUUGCUCUUGACUACAUGUAUAUUUAAAUAAUUUUCAUUACACUUGGAUAUUGUGUACUGGAUAGUUAAUUAAUUUAAUGCUGCUGUGCGUAGUUAAGCAAACUAAACAUGUUUGUUUGAGAUAUGUCAAGAGGGAUUUGACCAGAAUGUUAACAUAAUCGCACAUUUCAUUUUGAAAAACUGGACUCUGUUUUAGAGCUUUUAUAAUUCACUAUCUUUCUAAGAGCCAGUUUUCCAAAAAAUAAAUAAUAAAACCAAAUGUUUGAAGUCCAUUAUAAUAGCUACUGGGCAUGGAAAAUAUGUCAAUUUUAUAUAGGAUGUCUUAUACAUAAUGUACUUUGUUUUAAAAUGAUACAUUAAUAACAUUUCUUCUUUAAUCUGUUAUGUUAAAUUGCUUAACACUGCCAAUUUCCAACACAGAUGACUGAAAUGAUGUUCAGAAAUAACCACAACUGUGGCUUUAUUUCACUGACAUAUUUCCAGCAGUUUUAACCACUCCCUGUAAACAUUUUAAACUAAGGUGGUUAGUUUGCUAAACUAUGGUUGUGUGUAUGUUUUUAAGAGUUCAGUCUCCCAUUGCCUUAACUUGCGGCUUAAGUAUAAGUGAUCCAUGGUCACAUUGUUAUACUGUCUUCACAUUUAAUCAUGAAGUGAAACAUUAAUUUUAUAACCUACAUGUAUUUGAAAGGUUAUUUCUGUUAUAGGCAGUCGACAUUCCAAAGAUUCCUAACAUUUACUAAUAAUAUCUAAUUUGUUAUCAUGGAUCAAACAUGGUAUGGAAUAUUUUGAUACAAGGGGAAACAACUCAAUUUUUUAGAAUGUAAUUUGUGUCUUGUCGUGAAGUAUGGCAUCCAAGUAUAACAUUAAAAUUUGGCAAUACUAUGUAUGGCAAUGUAUUUUGACAUACAUGAAACUAAAGUUCAAACCAGGUAGUUAAAUAAUUUUAAUGAGCUUAAUUAAUACUGUAAGACUAGGUUUUCACACAAUUCUACAAUCUACAACAGAUCACUUUUACAUUUGUCAGCUAGUCAUAUGCUUUCAGCUACUUUUAUCCAGUUAUAUGUGUGUGCCUAUACAAUUUCCUGUAGUCUUGGUCAUUUGUGAUAUACCUAUAGCAGAUGUGUUGUCCCUGCUGGAAUAUUGUUAAAUAUCCAUACAUUCAUUAUGUGAUGUAGUUUUUAUUUAGCAUAAGGUUACUAGAGUGAAUUAUUAUUUAUCCCUAUAGAAAUAGAUGGCACUGUAAUUGUAUGCAUUGAACAUAUAAUAAAUAUUUUACAUCCAACAUGGUUAUUACAACUUGAAAAGACUGAUCUUUGUAUUAGAUAUGUUUGAAGGAUAAUAUGUUCAGUUAAAAACAGUAUUUUAUUUCUACUUUAUGCACAUUCAGAUUAUCGGUAAUAAUAAAUCUGUAUGCAAGCAGUGGUGCUCUGUGAAAUGUAAUUUGAAAAGUAUACUCAAUUCAUGUUGUAUCUAGAGUGGGAGGUGGGAGGAAGAAUUCCAUUUCUUUGAUAAUGAUAUCACAUAGAUAAAUAUAUCUAUAAGGAACAGUGUCCUAGGCUAGACUACUCUAGAAACUAAUUAACUAAAAUUUAUAUCAUACACACUCUUCACCAAAAACGAACACUUGUAAUAUGUUCAUUUGACAUGGUUGUCUGCAUUUAAUAUUUAUAUUUUGUUAUUGUUUUUAGUAAAUAUUAUACAUAUUUACAUUACUUGUGCAAUAUGCUUGAAGUCAUUAUUUUAUAGUACAAACAUGAGAAAUUAUCCAAACCAUGUAGCAAGUUGCAUGCUGGAAGAUGGCAAUUAAAAAUCAGUGGGGUUGUUUAAAUAUGGUGCUUCUAUGAUCUGUGUAUGUUCAUCAAAUUGAUUUUAAAAACUAUGUUUGCUGUUUAAAAAAAUCAAUAGUUUGAUAUAUUAAUCACCCACAAUAAGAAUUGAACUAUUUCACUAUGUACAUCUUAACCUAUUUUAUCAGUUAUGUCCCAUUAAUUUUUAUUUUAUAAUUAUAUUUGUGUUCUAAAAAUUUGAUUAGGACUUUUUGAAUUACAUGUACCAGUAAUAAAAUACAAAAAACCUAUAGCAUGUGAAUGAUGGAAUUAUGAGGGUGCCAAAUUGUAAUUUCAAUGAAAAAUUAUCAGGGCUUUAAAUCUCACUAAUUUGGGAACGACUGUUAAGUGUUUUUUUUCUUCUGUUCUGAGCACGGCUACCUUAGGUCAUUUGUAGCACAAUAAUGUUAUUAACAGCUGUCGAAGGAUUGUAGAAAUUAGGAAACACAUAGCAAGUUAUUUAAAUCUAAUGAAAGCUCAACAUUUCAGUGGUUUUAAGAUCAGAAUUUUUGUACUUAAUUUGGGCAGAGUUUUAUCACUUUGACUUUGGUACAGUCUUAAAAAAAUAUGUUUCAAAUAUGGAAUGGCUAUUUGAUUUUGAAUCUGAUAAUGGUAUGUUGUGGUUUUGUAAAUUGCCUCCUUCCUAAUAAAAUACUUUGAAUAGCAUUAACCAAAUAUGUUUUUGGUGUAUACAUGUUUCAAAAUAUUUAAAAUUUAUUGCAAGUUUAUCUAUAGCUCUUCCAGUAUAUGAUUGAGUUCGGUGUUUUAGCAGUUUUCUAACAAAAUAUCCUUCCUGGUUAUUGUGAGUAAAAUUGCAGGAUGUAACUUGGUGUGAGUUCCUUUUUCCUAGAGUGAAACAGUUUGUUGAGAACAAUUUGAUGGAAAGUAGAGUUUUGAAUUUGUCAUGCAUGAAAAUAAACUUUCCUUGCUGCA